UCGCGAAGGGUAUUUAAGCUCGCGCACGCGAAGCUGCGGAGAUACUUCGGGCAGCCGCUACCCCGGCCUUCCGACUUGCAUUUGCUGCUUGGUUUUAUUGCCUUUUCCUCUCUCCUCUCCCCGUUGGACGCCCCCUUUACGCCGCGCUCUCCUGGUUUCUCUCAGCCUUUUUGCCUUGAAACCGAAUCCAGGUGGGAAUCAGGUCGCCGUGAGGAAAGACACCGACUGGGUAGAAAUAGGGCAAACUAACGGGCGCAACAGGUCCGGAGCCGCGGGGCGGGGGCCAGCGGCCGCCCCUCGUCGCGCCUCGCCGGCUGUCGCUCGAACCCUGCGCUGCCGCUCCGGGGACCUCGGGAGAAGAGUCAGUCCCCGGGUAGUUGGGAGAACUGUCCGAGGGGGUGUCAUUUAGGUUUUUACCCCACCAACCCCCGGUUCCUCGGACUGAGGGUGCUUUUCCCUUCCAGCUCUGAGGAGAGAAGAAAGCGGAGGAUGGUGCUCGCAGGCUGGUCUCGUCGCUGAGCAAAGCGGAGGUCCAUCUCAGCUCCCGGGCUCUGACUCCGCCAACAAGUUGUGCAGCCACAGGGACCGAACUUUGGACGAAGCCUCCUUUUUCUCUCCUUUUUAAGAUUAUUGGGGGUGGAAGAGGGUGGGAGGCGAAGCCGAGCCAGGCGACCCUGCCACGAUGCUGGUGAAGAAGCACGCGGAGAAAGGAGGGGCCCGGGAUCCGGGAUCUGAGGACCCGAGCCCUGCCGGGCAGCGUUGUACCUGGACCCUGUCCCCGUGCGCCGUCCUGGCGGCCCUCCUGUCAGUGGUGGCGGUGAUGUCUUGUCUCUACCUGGGGGUGAAAACCAACGAUCUCCAGGCAAGAAUCGCCGCUCUCGAAUCUGCCAAAGGGGCCCCUUCCAUUCGUCUGCUGCCUGAUAGCCUGGAUCAGCUCAAGGCCAUAGUGCAAGAGAAAGUGGAGCGACUUCUGGCUCAGAGAUCGUAUGAACAUAUGGCUAAAAUAAGAAUCUCAAGAGAGGCACCUUCAGAGUGUAACUGCCCAGCAGGCCCUCCAGGGAAACGAGGUAAGAGGGGCCGAAGAGGAGAAUCUGGUCCUCCUGGUCAGCCUGGUCCUCAGGGCCCUCCUGGUCCAAAAGGUGAUAAGGGAGAACAAGGUGAUCAGGGACCUCGGAUGGUGUUUCCUAAAAUCAAUCAUGGGUUUCUCUCUGCUGAUCAGCAGCUCAUUAAACGCCGCCUGAUUAAGGGUGACCAAGGCCAGGCAGGGCCUCCAGGUCCCCCAGGUCCGCCAGGCCCAAGAGGGCCACCUGGGGACACAGGGAAAGACGGCCCCCGAGGGAUGCCAGGAGUACCUGGUGAGCCAGGGAAACCAGGAGAACAAGGCUUGAUGGGACCUCUGGGACCUCCAGGACAAAAGGGUUCUAUUGGUGCACCUGGAAUUCCAGGGAUGAAUGGGCAAAAGGGUGAUCCCGGGUUACCAGGAGCAGUAGGACAGAAUGGAAUACCAGGGCAGAAGGGAGAACCUGGAGAACAAGGAGAAAAGGGAGAUGCUGGAGAGAAUGGCCCCAAAGGGGACACAGGUGAAAAGGGUGAUCCCGGCUCAUCUGCUGCAGGAAUUAAGGGAGAACCUGGAGAAUCUGGUCGUCCAGGGCAAAAGGGUGAACCAGGGCUUCCUGGGCUUCCUGGACUUCCGGGGAUAAAGGGAGAACCAGGUUUCAUUGGUCCUCAGGGAGAACCAGGCCUGCCAGGGUUGCCGGGAACAAAGGGUGAACGUGGGGAGGCAGGGCCUCCUGGAAGAGGUGAGCGAGGGGAGCCUGGAGUUCCUGGACCAAAGGGGAAGCCAGGUGAAUCAGGAGCUAGAGGCCCAAAGGGGUCAAAGGGUGAUCGUGGAGACAAAGGGGACUCUGGAGCUCUGGGACCGAGGGGUCCACCUGGUCAAAAAGGAGAUCAAGGAGCCACCGAGAUCAUAGACUACAAUGGCAACCUCCAUGAAGCCUUACAGAGGAUUACUACCUUAACUGUCACGGGUCCCCCUGGACCUCCCGGACCUCAAGGACUACAAGGGCCAAAGGGAGAGCAAGGAGCUCCAGGAAUCCCAGGAGUUGAUGGAGAGCAGGGACUCAAAGGCUCAAAGGGAGACAUGGGGGACCCCGGAAUGCCAGGUGAAAAAGGAGGAAUUGGACUUCCUGGAUUACCGGGAGCCAAUGGAAUGAAGGGAGAAAAGGGAGACUCUGGAAUGCCUGGUCCUCAGGGUCCUUCUAUCAUAGGCCCACCAGGCCCACCAGGUCCCCACGGCCCACCAGGCCCCAUGGGACCCCAUGGACUUCCUGGACCAAAGGGUACAGAUGGUCCUAUGGGACCCCAUGGCCCUGCAGGUCCCAAAGGAGAAAGAGGUGAAAAAGGAGCUAUGGGAGAGCCUGGACCCAGAGGGCCCUACGGCCUACCCGGGAAAGAUGGAGAGCCUGGUCUUGAUGGCUUUCCUGGUCCACGGGGUGAAAAGGGCGAUCUAGGAGAAAAGGGAGAAAAGGGAUUCCGUGGCGUUAAGGGGGAAAAAGGGGAGCCAGGCCAGCCUGGCCUGGAUGGGCUGGAUGCCCCUUGCCAAUUGGGGCCAGAUGGAUUACCCAUGCCUGGCUGUUGGCAGAAGUGAUGAAUCUAACCUUCCAAGCAUGAAGUUGUAUAUAUAAUGGUCCACUUUUUAUAUUUAUAGUUGAAAACUGCAGUGCAGAUUUUACAAGUCUGAGAUAUGUUUACAUAGGGCUGCUUCUACGUGUUGGCAGUAGUACACAUCUUUUCUCCACUUACAUCUGAAAGGGGGCAAUCUGUGAAACCAGCGCGAAGCCUGCAAAUUAUAAAUCAGUAUCUCUCUCUCUAAUGUGAAGAUAUGUAUUUAUACGGACAGAUCAGUGAUGGAGGAUGAUUAUACUUGCUAUUUUCUUACUUUGGGCUUGUUAAUUGCAUGGACGAAAAGUGCCAUGAAAUAGUUUACAUGAAAUUGUGACCAAAUAUGAACUCAAAGCUACAAAAAUAUACUAUGCUGACCACUUUCAGAGUUUAUUGUUGCAUUCCCCUUCACCUUCCCUAUUAGCACUGAUCCACGCCCACGCCACCUCUUGAAGCUGACUAAAAAAGCAUGACUGUGUGCCACGCCUGCUUGUUGUGCAACUACAUGGAUGCUAGCAUGCUGCUCAUGAGUCCUUUGAUUACAUCUGAGUUUUUAUUCCUUCUGUCAUCUCAAGGGGGUUACACCGUGGCUUAUUGCCAAAAAGAGAUAAAGGUGGUGGAGAGCGCACACACAGUUUGUCUUGUAUUUUGAGGGAGUUGCCGUCCCGAUUGCUCGUCUCCAGCUUCCAGCAUUGUGGGCUCAUGGGCCACCUUGGUUGAAAUAUCAAGGGGUUGAGCCUGUUACUGCUGCCAGUUUUCCUUGGGCUGCCCUUGGCAGUGAAGACAUGGGAAGAAGACUGCUUCAGCAUCCAGCACUGUCUCGUGUGACCAAGUAGGAAAGAGGUUUACAAAUACAAACACCCAGAACUGCAGAAGUUUUUAAAAAAUACAUUGAAUGCCAGCAAGUGUUAAUAUGGGUGGUUUUGGAAGAUAACAAGAGGCAUAAAGUACUUCUUCCAGGAUAGGAGAUUCUUGGAAUAGCACCCCCUGUCCCUGAGAGAAAAGGGUACGUAUAUCCCACCAAAGCUCAGGUUGCUGAAGAAGCAGCACGCUCUGGGAAGGGGUCAGCCCAAAGAACCUCUCCUGGAGAUGGAGGGGAGUUCACUGGUACAAUCUCUACCAAAGCUGAUGUGAGAGCUUUCCUUUCUUCUAAGAUCCAACCAUAUCAAACAUUUUCUACAUAGUUUCUAGAAACAGUAAGAUAUUUCCCAUUCAUUUUAAUCCUUUUUCUUUUUUUUCUUAGUCCCAGAAAUAUUUAGAAAAUAUUUGUUUUAGUUUUCGUCACAUCUGUUUUGAACAAUUUUUUUAGAGAAAAGCCUUCAUGAUAAUUUGUCUCCAACAUUCAAAAUGAGCUUUUACUAAUUUCUUUCUUGUUUGGGCUAAUGGAAGAGAAUAGAAAAGAACCUAUAUUUUCACUUUAAGCAUUAUAAAGCAUGAAAGUUAAGCGGUUUUUUUAGUACCUUUUGACUGUUUUACAUGAUGAAUGUAACAUUCAUAAAGAUUAUCAAUUAAUUUAAAGCCAAGAUUUUGUCACAUUUGAUAGUAUUAACUAGUUUCUAUUUCUUAUGGUUCUAAGUUUUGUCCAUAUUUAGAUUUCUUUCUCUUUUGUUUUUACUUUUCUACAUGUUUGUCUUAUCUUUUAACCACAGACCAAAUCUGAGAUCUCAGAAAGCUGUGAAGUCUAGUUGCCAUAAAGGGAGUAUUUUUUCAUCUUUCUCAAAAGUUGCCGAACUGUAUUAGACUGAGCACUUCUUUGCACAGUAAAGAGUUGGUAGCAUGUUUUGAAAUGGCUUAUCCUUAGUGGAAGGAUCACAUUCAGAGAAAUAUUUUCAAUUAGUAGUAACCUUUUCAGCCCAUUAAAGAAUUUAAUUUCUCUUCUGUCUCAAUGCCAUUUUGUGGGAAGAUUUCUAGUUUAAUGCGUAGGUUUUUGCCGCCAGAAGGAAAUUUCCCUCACCUUUGGCUUAUGGUGACAAUAGUUAAGCUGUAAUUUGAAGAUAAGAAUCCUUAUGAUCUCUUUAAUUUUAUGUACAAAAUGAUCACUCAUACAAAAUGCCAUCAUCUUUUCUUUUUCUAUUGAGUUUUCAAGGUUAGAUAGACAUUUAAAUUAUUACAUCAGUCUAAUUGGUUACACAUCUAGUAACAUUCCACUAAUGUUAAAAUAAGGGAGAUCAUUUUCUAACAAUUCCUUCCAUGGCAUGAUGUUAAGAUAAGGUAUUGCUCAAUGUUGGAAACAACUUGUCUUAAAUGAUUUGUAAAAUGAACUGGAGGGGGGAAGAUACAUUGUCUUCAGGAAAACAAACUAGAGUCUCUUCAGAAAGUCCGGUGGCUGUAUUUCUUCCUUUCUGUCUUUCUGCUCCUCUAGCAGAAAGAGGUAUUGAGAUGGAUCACUAUUUAAAACUUGCACAGCUUCAAAGGGGAAUAUCUCAACAUCAAAAGAGAAUCACUUCAUGUAUAAAAAAAAUUUUUUUUGAACACACCCCUUUAAAGAAUGUUUUUCUGUCCUGUGCGUGUAUUGGGUUUUGCUCUAUAACUGAUUUGAUGCCAUUGACUUAUUUUGUGAUUAAAGUUGUAAACUUCCAUUUCAUUUAUUUCCUUGGAAAAAACAAAGUCCUCUUUGUUCAUUGCUAGGUCUUGAAUGCCAUAGAUAACCUUAAACUUGUGGUUACUAAAAUAUUUUCAAGCAUCUGUUUUGUCAUCAAUACAGUGAAACCUCAAAUAAUUUCUAAAUGAUCUAAUGACUUAUGUUUGUUGAUAUAUGUUGGUAAAUAACAUAUAUUUUCCUUAAGGAUUUCUUUUGAUUUAUACUGUUGAUAGAGCACUGAGAAAAAUAUAUAAAAGAUACAUUGGAAAUAAGGCAAGGUCAAGUUGUAUUUCUAUUAAAACAUUUCUGAAGGAUGCCAAAUUAUUUUGUUUCAGAUUUAAAAUUGUUUUCCAUUCAUGUCAGUUGGUGCUAAUGUCUAAUUAUUUUCUUUUUUUAUUAUGGACAAUGCAACUAUUAUACUGUGGGGUAAUUUCAUUUCUCUAAUAGCAUUCCUAAAUAAUUAAUGUAUGAUUUUAUAUUUAAAGUUCAUGAAUUUGCUAUAAUUAUGGUUCAAUGACUAGCCUUUCUUAAUGUAAAACAAAACAAUGUACCUACAGAUGUCAUGUGUUAACUCGUAUCAGGGAUGCCCUUGUUUCGUGUUCAUUUCAUAUAUAAUAUGCCUUUAUCAACUUUGAUUCAUCUCUCCUUUUACGUUCAUUCAUCUUUUCGAUUAUAUAAUUUGAUUUAGCAUGACAAAAUCAGUGUUAGAGAAGUCAGUACACACCACAGACAGUACCUAGUACACAAAGAUGCUUAAUUUUUUUUCUUUUAGUUUUCACUGUUCAUUAUCAAAAGCAAUCUUGGAGGAUUUUUCUUUCUUGCAUUAUGGAAGACAUGAGAGCAUCUUUAAUUUUUAACAGAAGAAAGGUCUUGUUUUUGAACUUACAGUCUGUGCAUAUGAUGUUUUAAUGGGACAGCAAGAACAUAUGCAUCCAGUAGUUUAUACUACAUGUUCUUUGUUUAAAAAAACAUAUAUGUGUGUGUAGAUACAGAUAUGCUAGUUUAGAAAAUGGUCAAAUCAGCACGUCUGUAACCUAUGAAAAAAUUGCCUUUGGUAUCUUAUAUUUUUAUCACUUAGGAAAUUUGCUUAAUUUCCAAGGUUUUAUUUUUGAAGUUACUAUUGAAGCAUGGAAAGUUAUCAUUUGUUAUCCUUUUAUAUAUUGUCUUACCCUGAACUGGAUUAUACUUGUGUGAUGGUGUUUUAUUAUCAUCUAAUAAGAUCAUACAAGACAUACAGAUGCACAUUUUUGAAACCUUGUUUUUUUCUUAUUUCUUAGUAGUCAAAUUAUAUUAAUAUUUCACACCACCAAAAGUAGGACUUUCUAAUUUCUACCAAAAAAAAAAAAACCUAUUAUCUCUAAGAAGUCAAGUCCAUAGGAACUUUUAUCUUUCAAAAAAUACUAGAAACAAUCAUGUGUGAUUCUGACUCUUAUAAUCAUACAUCCCUAGUGGAAUUAACAUACUUGACCAAUUAUGAUUCUGCUAAAUUGUUUUAGAAUAUAGAAACCUUCAGUCCCUAAUUCUUCUUCUUUUUCUUGAAAUACAUUUAUAUUGGCUAGAUUUGUUACAUGUCAUAGCAAAGAUAAUCCUCUAACUUAAAUUUUUGGUUUUGCUAAUCCAAUAAUAAUAAACAUUUUAAUAGCUUUUUUAUUUAAAAGUAUUUAAAGGCAUAAAUUUGCCUAUGCUUCUUACUGACAGAACUGUCCUUUUGGGAACAGGAAGAUUUUUCAUCCUGAACCAUUAUUUGUGAUUUAUUGACUAUUUAACAUAAAAGUAUCAACAUUUCUCAAAAUACAGUUGAUAUUCUCACAUAUCUCAAAAAUAAUGAAGUGGAUUCACAAAAGAAUGUCUUACAUAUUGUUGGCAUUUAUGUGAAUAUUCUUUAUACUGUUGUAAAUGUUUCAUUCAACUUAAUAACAUGUUAAAAAGAUGUAUGUAUCUGAUUUUUCUUUAGAAAAUAUUAUAUUUUUAUUUGUAUUUUUCACAUUUUAAAGUUCAUCUCCAUGAGCAGCUAUUUUUAUAUUGCCCAAAAUUCACAUAAAUACAAAAUAAGUGAAAAUGACAAAAAAAAUUUUGGCAAGAUUAUACUGCAUUUUUCUAAAAUGUUUGUGGGCCAGUCUCAUGUAAUUGAUUAUUCUAAGAAUGUGUUGUAUCUUAUCACUGUAAAUAUGGCACAAACCUGUUUAUCUCAGUAGUGUAAAUAAUUGAAAGUUGAAUUCUCCCUGUUUGAUUUCUUAUUCAAUUUCAUUGUAAUUUCUCUGGCUGCCAUUACUGAAUCAAAAGAUGCAUGAGGCUUUUGAUUUGCAGUUUUGGAGAUAAUUGCAUUUGUGUUCAGUUUCUAAUUUGUUUUAUUUCCUUUAUAAACUUGUUUUCAGGGUUCCUAGUUUGUGAGAAGUUGAUCUUCAGAAUUAUUUUUACACUAUUUAUGACUCAUUUUCAUGAUGUAAAAAGUGUGUAAUUAUUGCAGUAUUAAUCCAAACGAUACUGAAUUGUAUUGUUAUAAAGCUUUAUUGAUGUUGAUGAAAA